CCUGCUGGGCUCUGCCUGUGUGCCAGGCUCACUCGCCCAUCACUUAGUCUCCACAGUCACUUUGUCAUCAUCUCUCCCUCGCCAUCACCGCCCAAGCCCCAGGCUGGCCGCUUCCGAAGCCCCUGACCCCAUGGAGGAGUGGGACGUGCCCCAGAUGAAGAAGGAGGUUGAGAGCCUCAAGUACCAGCUGGCCUUCAAAAGGGAGAUGUCAUCCAAGAGCAUCCCUGAGCUCCUCAAGUGGAUCGAGGAGGGGAUCCCCAAAGACCCCUUCCUGAACCCUGACCUCAUGAAGAACAACCCGUGGGUGGAGAAGGGCAAGUGUGCCAUCCUGUGAGACCCCGGCCCCAGGCGCAUGCCUUUGUGAAGAGGACCACUCGGUAAAGGUGUGACUUUCAUAGACUUCCCGGUGCUCCCAGAA